AUGGCGAUGACAACUAUUUUCUCCAUAGCUGUUUUUGAGUGUGGAACAGAAAGAGAACUGGAUAUUAUCCUGUCUAGCCCCUGGAUUUAUAGAAUAGGAGACUAUAUCGUGCUAGCUAAAGAAUAUGGUCCUGUGUUCACAAUAUACAUUGGUUCAAGACGUAUUGUGGUGUUACAUGGCUACAAAGCUGUGAAGGAAGCUUUGCUUGAUCUUAAAAAUGAAUUUGCAGGAAGAGCAGAUAUACCAGCCUUUGAAGCCCAUCAGGAUUCUGGAAUUAUUUUCAGCAAUUCUGAGACAUGGAGAGACACACGCAGAUUUUCCCUUAUGGUCCUCAGGGAUUACGGAAUGGGGAAGAAAAGCAAUGAAGAAAGAAUUCAGAGGGAAUCUCAGUUCCUGAUUGAAGCUCUUAGGAAGACAAAUUCGCAGCCCUUUGAUCCAACCUUCAUCCUUGGUGGUGCUCCCUUAAAUGUCAUCUCUGAUAUCCUUUUCCAUCAUCGUCUUGACUAUUCAGACAAGACAUGUCAGAGGCUGCUACAUUUGUACAAUGAAAAUUUCUAUCUUUUAAGCACACCCUGGCUUCAGAUUUAUAAUAAUGUAGGAUCUUUCUUACGUUACCUACCUGGAAGUCACUGGAAAGUUUUGAAAAAUGUAUCUGAGGCAAAGCAAUAUGUAUUUGAACGAAUCAAAGAGCACCAAGAAUUAUUAGAUCUCAACAAUCCUCAAGAUCUCACUGAUUGUUUACUCAUCCAAAUGGAAAAGGACAGAAAAAAUCAAAAGAUUGGAUUUGACCUAGAAAAUGUAACAGUCACUGUGGCAGAUUUACUUUUUGCUGGAACAGAGACAACCAGUACCACUCUCAGAUAUGCACUUUUGAUUCUUCUAAAAUACCCGGAAGUAGAAGAAAAACUUCAUGAAGAAAUUGAUCGAGUGAUUGGACCAGAACGACUGCCUUCCAUGAAGGACAAAGUAAACAUGCCCUACAUGGAUGCUGUUGUGCAUGAGAUCCUGAGAUUUAUUAAUCUUGUUCCUUCCAACUUGCCCCAUAUAAUGAAUCAAGACAUCCAUUUCAGAGGAUAUUUAAUCCCCAAGGGCACAACAGUAUAUCCAACACUGUCUUCUAUCAUGUUAGACAGUCAAGAAUUCGCUAAUCCAGAACAGUUUGAUCCAGGACACUUUCUGAAUGAAAAUGGAAAAUUUAAAUACAGUGAUUAUUUCAAAGCUUUUUCUGCAGGAAAGCGUGUAUGUGUUGGAGAAGGUCUAGCUCGAAUGGAAUUAUUUUUAUUUUUGAUAAUAAUUUUACAGCAUUUUAAUUUGAAACCUCUUGUCAGUCCAGCAGAGAUUGAUAUCAAACCAGCCACUAUUGGUUUUGGCUCUAUUCCACCAAUUUACAAACUCUGCCUUCUGCCCCGAUCAGAAAUAUGAAGAAGAAACUAUGCUGAACAUCAAGUGUUAAUGAAAUCAAGUGUUAUUAUUGAGGCUGUAUACUUUUUAUGAAUAGAAAUCAAAACCACUUUAAACUAGUAUAGUAUUAUUUAAAAGAAAAUUUUCUAGUUUCUGAUCCUAACCUUGUGAUGACAGUUUGUUUCUGGGAUAAUUUCCACUGCUUUUGUAAAGUAACCUUUAUACCAAUAAAAACAUAUUUGUUGGAUUUAUUAAAUAUUUUAAGGAGUUAGGGAGGCUGAUAGGAGGAGGGAAAGAAAGAGAAGCAAGUGUACUAUGGGUCCCUAUAAUGUCAAAGGUCUAUUGUGAAUCAACAGAAUGUAGCCUUGGGGACAAUGUUGGCUAAUUUGGUGAUGUGAUGGCUAAAAGGAAACUUCUAUGGGAAAAGUACAAAUAAUAUCUCUUUCUCACCUCUCUGUCUCUCUGUCUCUCUGUCUCUGUCUCUGUCUCUGUCUCUGUUUCUGUCUCUGUCUCUCUCUCCCUCCCCCGCUUCAAUGCUUCUUCAAUAUACCAAUGGAACUAUGUUUUCACUGAUGCAGUUAAAUAAGAAAAAGAAAACAAGGGGUUUAGUAAGAUUAAACUGUUUAACUUCCUACACAGGAAGAUGAUAUAAUUGUUUAGAACUUUAUUACUAUUAAGUCACUUGAAGGAAUAUAUAUAUAUAUAUAUAUGUCUACAUAUAUGUGUAUAUAUCUAUAUAUAACAUAUGCAUAUAAUAUAGACAUAGAGACAUAUAGACAAAAGACAUGAGCUUAUGUUGACUCUGAUGAGAUUAUUUGAAAAAAUAAAAUUAAUGGGUAAGAAAGAGGGAUGUGCUGGAAAAAUGAGAAAGGGAUAAAUAGAAUGGGAUAAAUCAUCACACAGGAAUAAGAUCUGAAAACAAUAGCUUUUAUUGUGAAGAGAAAUCUGGGGGGGGGGGAUAGAGUGGCAAGCAACAUAAACCUUACUCUCAUCAGAAUUGACUACAUAGAUGGUAUAACAUAUAUACUCAGGUGGUUGUAAAUCUCUAUCUUUCCCUAUAAGAACGUAUAAGGUGAGGAUGGUAAGGAAGGGGGGAAAAAAGGACAGAUUGGGGUAGACAAUGGUGAGAAGCAAAACUGUUUUGCGGAAGUAUAGGGUGAAAAGGGGUGUGAAAAAUGGUUUGGAAAGAAAUGAUGUAGUUAAUUAACAAAACUGAAUGUGAAUGUGGUGAACUAACCCACAAAAUGGAAAUAAAUAGAGUGGAUUAUAAACUGGAA